GCGCUCCACGUUAGGAAUUUCUUCUUCAUCGUCGUAGAGAUAUGUUAUCCGUCGGUGUAGGAAGUUGGAUCUAGUUUUGCAUUUCUAUUUUGUCGCGUUCAAGCAGCGAAUAUUUUCGAACAACGUCAUCAUCCAAGUUUAGCGUGCAGUAGGCAUUUCGUGUUAUCCAGCUGAGGUCAAAAUGUAGCACCAUGAAGCAUCAGCAGUGCGUAAUUGAUCUCGCGAUCGUACUGGUUACGAUCCCAUCACUAGUUGUUGUAGCGCUGCUGUUGGAUUAUACGAUGAACCAUACCGAUUGGGCGGAUCGGCUUGAAUCUCAGAUCAUCGUUCUGGGUUUGGCUGUUGCAUUCUUUGUGAUCUGCAUUAUGGUGGCAUUGUACCUUACCCACCGAGUUGGCGCAUGCCUAUGGACUGGCCCACUUCCGGACGAUCAACGAACAAUCUUUACCGUUCAACGGGAUUUGGAAAACCAUCCUCCCCCGGACUAUGCUACGAUCCUUAUGGAUCCACCGUCGUACGAAAAAUUGGACAAAUAUCUACUUCUGGAUGAACCUCCACCGUCAUACGCUGCAUCAGUGGCAUCACUGGAGGGGGCUCAUAUCUGAUAUGAAUACCUGCUUAGUAUAUCUGUGUUGAUCUAUGUGUACCAAAGAUAGGGAUAGCAGCAUGUGAAUUAGUGGCAUACAGCGGUAUCUUUCGAGAGAAUAAACUAAGUUGUUGAAAUGCACUGCUUGAAAACAA